AUGUUCAACGAAUAUGACGUGUAUCUUGAAGGAUCCACGGAUGGAGAUGGACCAUUCUUUGAACAAAUGAUUCCAUCCACUAGCGGAAUUGCAGCUGGACAAGCUAUGCCUCGCUACGUGGUUGCUGAAGAUGACGCCUGGAUCCAGUCUUUGUCAGAUGUCAUAUAUCAAGAAGACACAACACCAUCUCCAGUAGAUGCACAAUAUGAAGAUGUUCAGAUAAUCAAUCAGAUCCCUACCGAUGAGGAAGUGUAUCUGAUGCCUGACGAAGGGCACGAGGUCGAUGAGCUAAUAGAAUCGGUCGACAAUCUCCAAGUAGCCGCAAAUGAGAUCGUAGAGGACGAGAUGGUGCAAACUCAAGUUGAACCUAUCGAGUACAUUCAAGGCCUUUCCGGAGAGAUGGUGCAAGAUGUGCCGACGUAUCUAGAGCCUUCACAGAUUGUCCCUAUAGAAAACACUCGAGUUCGUUAUAUUGUGCAGCAACCAUCGCAGCUGUACGAAGUUCCACAAAAUGCACGAGUACGGUCACAGCCACGACGUCCUGCUCUUGGUGAUUCGGAGGAUACUUCGCUCGUUUACCUCACGCAGCUACUUGGAGCUUCAUCUAGCAAGGUGAAGCCAGCGCUAUGCUUGAUUACAAAGAUUGCUGGUGUAUAUAACUAA